UUUAGUACACACACGCACCGUUCGUGGGAUGUCAUUACAUGCCGCAUGCUCGCUACUUCACGCACGGCAAAUCAUAGUGUGAUAACUGGCUACUGCAUGCAGUAGUGGUUGGAUGCAGUAGUGGUUGGAUACUGUACAUGAGUGUGAGAGCAUUGGCUUGAGUGUUGUAGUAGUGUAGACGUACUCGUGCGAGCAGCUGGAUGAAUUGAGUGCUGUUCUCUCAGGAAUUACUUAAUCAAGUUAAAAUUGUGGAAUUGUAUAUGUUUUAAUGCCAUUCUUCUGGAAAGGCUUGUUAUUGUUCUCGAGAACACAAGCUCUCUAAACGAUGCUGCCGUAAGGAGAAUAGGACCAUUUUUUACUGCUAUACACUUCGUCUGUGGUCUGUGGACUUUAACUUCAGGAUUGACUCUCCUUCAACGCUCAACAUCGCUCUGUAAGUUAGUUAGGGAGACAAAUUGACAUACAUUGCUCCAUCAUCUGUUUCGAGCCCCUUGGAUUUGAGGAAAAGUGUUGGGGCUCGUGGGACCCGGUUUGGCCAGCAGUUGUUCUCUUCUCUUCAUAUGGAAUGCUUUAAUCUACCUUGGGUUUGCUCUACGUGCUACGAGUAAAGGAAUCUGGCUAUAAUCCAGGCAGAAUUUUCACGGAGAAAAAAAAAAGUUGUCGUCUUUCUACAUAUCACAAACCAAAUCCGUUUGUACUUUUUUUCUGGGUUACAAAAUAAGCGUUUUGGAUUUCUUAUUCCCAGUAUUUUUCUGAUUUUGUUGCGUCUCCAUUUUUAGCUCGGUGGAACAUCUAACCUUCUUGUUUCGUUGGAACUCUUUUUCUUGUUAUUUAACCAUGGAUUCGCUGAGGAUGAGAUAUUUAAUUGCGGGACUUUGUGUCCUAGCCCUAUCGAUGGAUAUAUGCGAGGGGCGUAGGAAGAAGUCGAAUUUGGACUGCCCGACAGAGUGCAGUUGUUACCGGGGAACUGUCGACUGCAUGAACCGCGGAUUACAAUAUGUGCCAGUCAAUAUCCCAUUCAACACGGAACGCCUAAAUCUGGAUGGAAAUAAUAUUACAAAGAUUCGCAAGGGAGAUUUUGAUAACCUUCGGAAAUUACGUGUUUUACAGCUGACGGACAACCAAAUCGUUACCAUCGAACGUGGGGCUUUCUCAGAUCUCAGAUCAGUGGAGCGAAUGAGAAUCAACCGCAAUCAGAUUCAGAGCUUACCUGAGCUUCUCUUCUCCAGCAUGGAUUCCCUCUUCAGACUGUAA